UAGCCAGGUGGUAACACAUUUCCUAGUGUCGAUAGGUCAGUCCAUGCGCAUACUUGAAUAUUGCAUCGUCGUGAAGGAGCAAGUAUUCAUUGUUCACCCGUUAGCGUUCAUGUAUGCAUUCCGAUACACACUCUUGUUCGGUUGCAGAUUCAAUGCCGCAUGUUUCAGAGCCCUGUGCCAUGCUGCCCAAGUGCCACUAGCGCCUCACGUCGGUCCUCAACCCAGUGGCACCAUUGGAAAAGCGCCAGUCCAAGGGCGUUUGUUGUCGGUCGAAAAACCUCACUAUGCGGCUGGUGGCCUUCACACUGAAGGAGAUCAUGAUUCUCUCGCAAAUUGGCGACUGGAUCAUCCUCCGAGCGUCAAUUCGACGCAUCACCUCAUAUUCGAGACAGUCGGUUCGUUGCUCCAACAGUGGCCGAAUACACGCAUGCGCAAUGGUCAUAACAUUGUGCCCGGAACUGUGCCCACAGGAACACUUCUAUACCAUGGCACGUGGCACCCGGAACUACCCCCUGGGCCGGACUGGACAGCAUUUGACCCAGAGCACUCAACUCUUUUCUGUGGGAGCUGGGUCGUCGAUGGCAGGUGCUGGCACCUCACUCUUACAACUACACGCCCUCUCAAAGUGGUGUAUUUCGAUGGAAAUAGUGCGGCGAAGCUUCCGUUUGGGGGGUUAGAUUCGCAGGACAUCCUUACCUGGGGGGAUGUGAGACCCGAUUUGUCAAUCGACGAUUUGGGUAGGAUUGCAUCGUUGUGUGACUGGGGUAGAGAAUAUAAUGUUGAUGGAUUUGUGAGAAUGGAAAUGAGCUUUGAGAUCAUGCUCUGCAACUUCACAUCCGGUGUCCGUGUUGUCUCAUUCUCAAAUAUUGUGGAUCCUGUUAUCCCUCACGGUGCGAGUUCCAAAUACUCCCCCACCUUCGAGGCGAUGUACACUGGAUCCUGGCACAACCGAUAUCCAGGAGAGACACGCAUUCAGCUCGAUCUUUCUGGCCUUGUCUCAUUUUACGAUACGGAGCUGGUGCCCUCUCUGGUUCCUGUUCGUUUUGGGAAAGAAAGGUGGGAUCACCGAUUGCUAAAUAUAUCUACGGACGACGUGGUGCGCGUGAGAGCCCGACUAACAGAGGUCCUCUCUGGACCAGCGGGCAGAUCUAGUAGCAUUCAUUGGCCAGCUUUGAUUCGCGUCGUCAUCGACCGAUACUCUGACCGUCUCGAGCUCGUGCAAUAUCUCCUCAACUCUACAAACACAGACAGCCACGACCCGGGUAGCGUGAUAGAUUUUGCUAUCAAAGUCCAGGUGCAGUUGAGGCACAUGUUGAUGCCUUAUAUCCUCGUCGAUGUUACCCCGCGCUCCAUUGGCACAGGUGUGAAUGAACCAGGAUCUGAUGCGCUGGAUUGGGUCCUCCCUGUGUAUAAACUUUGCGCAACGACACAUACAAAGACAACGCGAGAGAUUUGUCGUGUCUUGACGAAGAUGUGGGGCCUAGGUGUCUUGGCGGGAUGUGGACCAAUUCAUGGGCACAGAGAGUCGGCCACACAUGCAGGCAGUCCAAGACAUGGUUGGACUGGAAUAGGUAUUCCUUCCCGAUGGUGUAAUCAAUGGAAGGUGUGGGCGAAGUGCCGGUCUGCGUGUGGCACUGCGACGACGCGUCGAUUUCGGAUUCCCGGGCUUGAAGGAGGCCCUGUGCCUCCUUGUUUGUGCCGGAUCAGACCCCCAACGCUAUUACCGACGGUCACCCUGCCAGCAAAGAUUGUGUGUAUGUCUAGUCGAGUAUGGAGGGUAUGA